AUGUCGGUUCUUGUUAAUGGGAGUCCUACCAAAGUGUUUGGUGUUUUUAGAGGAUUGAGACAAGGUGAUCCUCUCUCAUCUUUUCUUUAUGGUUUAGUGGCGGAAGGGCUAACGGGGUUAGUGAGGCAAUCCAUUGAAGUUGGUGAAUUUGGAAGAUUUGAUAUAAAAGGUUUUUGUUGGGUGGAUAUCCUUCAAUUUACAGAUGAUACUUUAAUAGUGGGAGAAGGGACAUGGAAGCAUGUUUGGGCUAUUAAGAUGGUGCUUAGAGCUUUUGAACUUGUUUCGGGCCUUGGCAAUAAUUAUCAUAAAAGUAAGAUGAUUGGUAUAAAUAAUAGGAAUUCUUUUUUAAAAGCGGCGUCUUUCUUUCUCUCUUGUAAAGUAGGGGAAAUCAACUUCUAUUUCCUUGGUAUUCCUAUUGAUUUUGAUCCAAGAAAGAAAUCGACAUGGAAUCCUCCUUUGAUUAAGAUGAAGAAUGGGUUGGGAGGUUGGAAAAAUCAGUUUUUCAAUUUGGGAGGAAAAAUUACUCUUUUGAAGUCUAUUUUUAGUUCUUUAACUAUUUUCACUAUGUCUUUCUACAAGAUGCCAUUGAAGGUGGUGAAAGAGUUCACUAGGAUUCAAAGUAAUUUCUUAUGGGAGGAGUGGAGGAAAAGAGGAGGAUUCAUUAAGUUAGCUGGAAGAAUGUGA